AUGAAACUAGCAAAACUGCAUGAAAUAUUAUUCGUUCUCAGUUUUGUUAGUGUACAAAUUUUAGUGAAACCCGUUCAAAGUAAUCUCUCGUAUGAAAAUAAAAAUGUCAUCAAAAUCAAACAAGAUCCUACUAGGUACCAAGCGGCAGCAGCGUAUCGGAACAAGAAGAAUGGAUUUGUUACCAGAUACUCGAAUAUGACUACUCUACGAACAAAUAAAAAUGUAAAAGCAUUUAUAACAUCACGGCUUACUUCAAUGGGUGCUGGCAAAAAUAACAGCAAAGUCAUAAAUAAGCUUGGCAUUAAUAAUGAUAAGAACAAACCUCAAGCGAAUCAAUUAAAAAAAUGGCAAGUAGGGAGAGUAAGCCGAAAACAGUAUGAAAUCAUAAACAUGCUAUGGAGAAAAACUAAAAUAUUUGUUGAUAUGGAACACACUACUCCCAAUGAUCACUUCAGAAAAAGUAACGAAACUGAGAGAAUUAUCGAUAAAAUAUCUGGUUUUCGUCGACCGUUUGAUCGUCUCCCAUCACGUCCGAGUUUGCCAUCAACAACUCCAAGUUACAUCGAAUUUUAUUACUUAGACGAAACUGAUGAACGCAAGGAAUUUACGGUUCGCAAUAAUAAACAAGUCUCAAAACAAAAGGGAGAUCGCCAACUUAGAAAUCUUGGCAAUCGUAAAUUUGUUCUCUCUGAUUCGCCUAUGUUUUCUUUUCGCAUUGAUAAUACAAACUUAAAACGGUCCCCGAUACCUACUCGCUUUAUGCAACCUACUAAUAGGGGAAUGAAGCGAAGAAAAACCAGAACCCACGACUCGUCACUCACAAUGUUUAAUUCUCUUAAUUCGUUAACGCCUUCGUAUAAGUAUCCACGUCAGCCUGCACAACAAAAAAAAAUUAUGUCAGCGACAAGAACUUCACGAAACUCAUGGCUAACAUUGAAUAUAACUCUCAAUGUGACAACUCAAAGUUCUAUAAUUUUUGAUAAUCAAACUUGUCCAGAUACUACAAAAGCUUUUAAUAUCUCAAGUAAUAGAACGAAUUCUGUAAAUGUGACAACUGAUUCGACUAACGACACUGUAUCAGAAUCUACCACUGCUUACGACAAAAUUAAAUUCUUCGAAAUGUAUGAUAAACACACUCCUAUACCAUACUACGAUGAAAACGGAAGAUUAAUCGAUUCUGACAAUGUUGACAUACUUAUAAAGGGUAACGAAUUACAAAACAGUGAAGAUAAAGUACUUUUAGAGCACGUUGAUCAAGCUAUUGGAAAUGAGCACAGUAACCACAAGGCAAAACAUUCUAAAAAACACAUAAUCGAUACUUACAAGAAGGGCCCAAUAGAUCGAAGUAACGAUAAUUCGAUCAUUGUUUCAUUGAAACCAGCAUUAUUAAAUUUUUCGAAGAUUAUUUUCAAUGUUACUAAGGAACCGACCAAGGAAUUAUUACAGUCUGAUUCAAAAGCUCCUAAUUUUCUUGAAUACAAAAAAAGCAAAGAAGUACAAUGGUCUCAAUACCCUUUUGCUGCUGCCUACGUUUAUGAACCUUCUCAGGUACACUGUGAUGCGGCUGGUAUUAGUCCACAUUGGCUAGUGACUUCUGGAUCAUGCCUAUCAAGGCAUCACAAGAAUCCUGGUGGAGAAGGUCGCUCGGCCUUCGUGACGUACUGCGGAGAUUCCUGGUGGAACCCUGAACGUGUGGCUUACGUCAAGUAUAGUCUUGUACAUCCACGCUACCACCCAAGAGACAAGACACGAAGACAUCUUUACAAUAUCGGACUUAUUCAAGUAGUGACAUCGAUGGCGUCUGCUUGCAAUUCUUGGUCGUCGAUCUCGUUGAUGUCUCAUCAGUUUGUUGCUGAUGGACAAGGCGCUGUUGCUAAUGCAAUUGGUUGGGGUUUGGAUCGAUUCGACACAAAAUAUUCAUCAAAUGAUUUACCUAAAUCACCUCUUAUGUCUUACGAAAACCAAGUCUUCUCAGAUUCCUGCCCUGGAAAUAUUGGGUAUAGUAAAGCGAAGCGACUCGACGAAGAGGGCGGUAUCAAAAACGUGUACUGUUUAGCUCUACCGCCGUAUUCAGGUGAAGAAACCGACCCGGUUCACGGCGGCCUGAUGCUGGUAGGGGGGAAAUUAGUCGCCUUAUAUUUACAGGAGGAGCGUCGUCCGUGGGGUGAUCAAUGUGCCCAAUAUACAGGAACGUGGCGAUUGGUCCCUUGGGUACUCGACGUAGCCCGGGAAAAUGACGAGACAGACGCCUUCACUCUUGAAAUCUAAUUCCGAUAGACUUUUUUUAUAUUUUUACUUUAUUUUUUAUAAUUAGAUUUUAUUUUUUUGUAUUUUUUCUUGUUACCUUUUGUUUACUUCUUUGUAUUUUGUUUACAUUUUUUGUAUCUUU